AUGGAUUUAGAUCAAGUAGAUUAUGAUGAAUUCAUCAAUUCAUUGGAAGAUUAUGUACCAACUAGAACAGGUUUUGAAUGUAACGAUAUUAGAAUAAAGAGAUUGAUAUCAUUGGCAACUCAAAAGUUUAUAUCAAGUGUUGCAGAUGAUAGUUUGCAGUACUGUAAGAUUAGACAACAAGCACCUACACGUGAAAAGGUAAAGAAGGAAAAGUCGUUGGUACUGACAAUGGAUGAUCUCUCUCAAGGUUUGAAAGACUAUGGAUUCAACAUUAGAAAACCAGAAUACUUUGCAGAAACUAUUCCUCAAUCAGCUCAAACCGUUGCUGCACCAGCACCAUCAACAUCUACUAGUAAAGAUGCUGCCAAAGGCAAAGGAGGAGGAGGAGGAGGAGGAGGAAAAGAGACUGCAGACAAGGACAAAUCUGAAAAGGAAAAGGAUGGAAAGGAAAAGGACGGAAAAGAAAAGGAUGGAAAAGAAAAGGAUACACCAUCCAAAGAAAAGGAUUCAAAGGAAGGUGCUUAA